CCCGUCCAUGCCCGCGCACUGAAGCAAGAAUCCGUUGAUCCAAAUUAAUACUGCUUACUAUAAUCUAUAUAUACACACAGACGUAUAUAAAAUCAACAAAUAGUAUAUAUAAUAUAUACACGCUGUAUGAGAGAGAAAGAAAGAAUAGCAAUUCAAAAUAGAGAGAGAAAGGAAGAAAGAAAAAGGAUAUGAAAAUAAUGAGACAGAUCAUCAUUCAGUCACUCACUCAUAAUCUCCACAAGUUCCAAUUUCUGCACUUCCCUCUCAUUGCUUACUUUCUUUCCUUUCUUUCGUUUCCUUUUUUUUUUUUCCUUUCUUCUUCCUUUCUCUUGUGUAUCAUUCUUGUAACUUAAUUUAGAUCUCUGCGUACACCCUUUCUCGAUCUAUAACAAUACCGACAAUAUACAUAUACAUAUGUUCACAUAUCCAAUUCCUCGAUUUUCGAGCACAGCAACGACCCAUCAAAGCAUUGCCCUUUUUGCAGUCCAAUCUUUUUUGGCAUUUUAAAGAAUCAAUCUUUGGUGAUUUAUUUGGUAUUUGAGUUACUACAAAUACUAUUACCCUUUUUUCUUGAAUAACAAGAACAGAAAGUUAAUUAGAAUCCGAGGACAAGAAAAAGAACUCCGUUUUGAACUAAACAGUAGUAACUCUCCAAUGUAAAAGAUUGAAAAGAGAGAGGGGAGAAUUCGGUACUUGGGUCGGGUCCUUUUUGAGAAGUUACAUUUCUUUUCUUUUCUUUUCUUUUCUUUUUUUUCACUUUUCUUUUUCGGGAUUUUUUUUGGGUUUGAUAAAGGUUUUGGCUUUAUAGCAUGCUAGUUGGAUUUAAUAAAGGAAGGAGCGUCAAGGGGAUAGAGAAAGUGAGUCACUAAGUAAAGAAAAUGCAAGAAACAAAGAAGAAGAAUAGUGGUUGCAAUGAAGAUUCCAAGAAGAAGGAAAGACAUAUAGUAACAUGGACUCAACAGGAGGAUGAUAUUCUCAGACAGCAAAUUAGUCUACAUGGAACUGAAAAUUGGGCGAUUAUUGCUUCUAAGUUCAAAGAUAAAACCACAAGACAGUGCAGAAGAAGAUGGUACACAUAUUUGAAUUCUGAUUUCAAGAAGGGGGGUUGGUCACCAGAGGAAGAUUUGCUCUUAUGUGAGGCUCAGAAAAUUUUCGGUAACAGAUGGACAGAAAUAGCAAAAGUUGUCUCUGGCAGAACGGAUAACGCUGUGAAGAAUAGGUUCACUACUUUGUGCAAGAAGAGAGCAAAAUAUGAGGCUUUAGCUAAAGAGAAUAAAAGUACAUAUGUCAACUCAAAUAACAAAAGAAUCCUAUUCCAGAAUGGGUACAGUGCAGAUGGAUCACCAGAAAAGGCUCCACCUGCUAAGAAGACAAGGCGGUCCCAUAUCAUUGAUCGUACAGAACACUACAAGUUGGCAAACAGAUCACACCUGCAAGGUGGAAAUCAGCAGUCUAGGCCUCCAUUUGCAGUGUUGGCUCAAAAUUUCCACAAUGUUAAUGUUGCUGCUCAGCAUACUGCCGUCAAUGCCAAGGAGGUCUUGAUUGAUGCAGCUGAAAACAGUAAAAUUGAAGCGACAUUUCUCAGAAAGGAUGAUCCAAAGAUAACUGCUCUGAUGCAACAAGCUGAGCUUCUCAGCUCACUCGCUUUGAAAGUUAAUACAGAGAAUACAGAUCAGAGUCUGGAAAAUGCUUGGAAGGUGCUUCAGGAUUUCCUGAACCGGAGUAAAGAAAAUGAUAUCCUCGGAUAUAGAAUAUCUGACAUUGAUUUUCAACUUGAAGACUUCAAGGACUUGAUAGAGGAUUUAAGGAGUAGUUAUGAUGGAAGUCGACCAUCUUGGAGGCAACCUGAUCUAUAUGAGGAUUCUCCAGCCAGCUCUGACUACAGUACGGGGUCAACUCUAAUGCCUUAUACAGCCCCUGAUAAAACAGAACAAGCUCAGGCUGAGAUUGGUGAAGUGCAUAAGGAUAUUGGAAAUGAAUUACAGUCAGUUAAUGCUGAAGAGCAAAAUGAUGUGGAUGAGUGUGAGAAAGAAAUUAUUCCCUGCGCAAGCAUAUCUCAAGGAGAGAUAUUUCCAUCUUUUGAUGAGCAAACAAACAAUGACGUAGUUGUUUCAGCAUCAUCAAGCUCAGAAUUCAGUUCUCCUCUUCAAGUUACACCAAUUUUCAGAUCCUUAGCAGCAGGGAUUCCCAGCCCAAAAUUUUCAGAAAGUGAAAGGAACUUCCUAUUAAAAACACUUGGAGUGGAAUCUCCUUGUCCCAAUCAAAGCAUUAAUCCUUCUCAACCACCACCUUGCAGAAGAGCCCUCCUUCAAAGUCUAUAACUAAACCUCUCUGAACCAUCUCACAUACAGAAAGUGCUCUAUCCCUUAUACCUCAUCUUUAAUGUCAAGGGAGUUUUUCUUUUUUCCUUCUCUUAUUUAAGAUUAGUUUCCUAGGAUUGCAGCCAUCAUUGCCCGAAGUUUUAUUAAGAGGUGUAGUAGAUCUGCAUUCCAAAAUACCCUUGUCUAGAAUGCAAAGGGUGCAUUCUAGACAUCUCGGACACAUCUAACAAAGUGUUCUGAGUCCAUUUUUCUUUUCCCUACUAGAAGAGUACAAUCCUAAUACUCACAUUUAAAAUCAGUGUGCUUGUUAAUGUGUGUGUCAUUCUUUUGUUUGUUUCUUUAUUUGGUUUCGGGGUGUUCGACCUUCCGAUCCAGUUUUUGGCCUUUUGAUUCAUCAUCUGUACAGAGCCUAUAUAAGUACGUAGUCAGAGUGUAAUUAUACAUCGGCAACUCGCCAAUAUAUAAUUGAAGAAGCAGAAGAAAAAGAAAAAAAAAAAAAAAGAAGUUUAAAGAAAAAAAGGAGAAUUAACCAGCUGAUUGGAUUCCUUUUUGUUGCUUUCAGGUGUGCAUAGGGUAUAGAAUAAGUUUUCCCUCUUUUCUGAUUUCUAAUGUAAUAGAACUUUAUGUGAUUGAAAUGAAAAUGUGUUUUGGCUUUGGUGUGCA